AUGAAGUCUCCUUCAGUUGGAGUUCUCUACCCUCGGCAAAAUGUACAGAGUCAGCUCGACAAUCACUAGCCGUAGCUACUUCAACUAAAUAGCUCAAAUAACAAUACUAACAACAUUAACAAUGAAAGCCAGUCGAAUAACACUUAUCUUAGGAAUAUCUCACACUUGCAAAAUACAUCUCUUUCGCAGCCAGUGGUCAGAAAGCAUACUUAUAAGGUUGUAAAAAAUAAACCCCCUACACCUGCUACUGGUACAGAUAAUAAUAACUACACAAUCAAACAGGCGAAGUUCGCACCUUAGAUAUAGCAAAGACUAUCACUCAAUAGAGUAGGCACUGAGCAGUAGCCAAUCAGAAUUAAUAGCAAGUAAUAGAUCGGAGACAUACAAGAUUAAAAGCAAUAUUUUGCAAUGGCUUAGAAUAAAAACAUAAAUAACUUGGACUAAAAAGGAAAUCACAAAACAAUGUUUGUUGCCAAGAGAUACUCAGAAUAGGCAGUACUGUAAGCAGCGCUAGAGGAUGAUUCAACUUAAGUGUCUAAAUAGGACACCAACUCAUCGUCAAGGUUCAAGGUUAAUUCUAACACAAUCUAGAAACAUGAUGAUAAUGAGCAGAAUUACAACAAUCUAAAUUCGAAUUAGAAAAUAAAUCAAUAAAAAUUACAUCAAAGCUCACAUAAUUUAUCAGCAAGUAAGUUCAGAGUGUAAACUAAUGAGAGCGAAGAAGAGAAUAACUAUUUCGGAAGGGGUCAAAGUUCUAACAAAAAGAACCAGCUUUUGUAGAGUUAGGUGCAGUUACUGCACUAGAAUUUAGAUUCUAGCAUUACAUUGAACAGUCGUUAUGAAAAUAAAAACUCCUUAUCAAUAUAGAAGCGACAUCUGCUGGGAUCAGUAGAGGACUAUCUCUAAAAUUUUGAUAAUAAAAACAAUCAAUAAUCUAUUUAAUUGUCGAACAAAGACAGCAGACAGCUUAGAAUAAAAAUACCUCUCAAUAAAUCGAUCAAAAAGGUAUUGACUACAUCUAACAACAAUCAUCUUGAAGAUGAAAGGUCCAAUCUGCUUAAUUCAGGCAGGAAAGCUCAUUAAGAUGAGAUGAUAUCAGUUAUUAAUACCCUACAACAAUCGAGCAAGCCAACCAAAUCUAGAGCUGCUUAUUAACUAAGUAAUUAGUUUUCAAAUUAGGACAAAAUAUUAUCUCCCAUCAUUAAAGAGAUUAUACCUAUGCAUAAAGAUCAGAUACAAGAUGAAAUAUAUAAAAUAGAAGAGCGACUGCAUUAAAAUAAACUGAAAGAGCAAACAUAGCUGAAUAAACAUCAAAAUAUAUCUUAAAAACUGGCAUAAACUAAAGAUUAAAGAGCUCUAGAUUAGUUUGGAAAACUUCAGUCUAUUUGGAAUUAUCAAAAAGAUGUUGCAAUAUCUUAAGUGGGCUUGGGUAAAAGAGAAUCUGUGAUCAAUUAAUCAGAUGAUUACAGGGUUAAAGCUGAAAUAAAAGCUGUUUUAGAAAAGGCAUAAUCGAUUUAAGAGAAAUACGGGGAGGCAAGAGGAUGGAGAAUGAGUUUAAGGUACAAUGAUGAAGUAAAAGAUGAUUAAUUGGAAUACAGUGAGAGCAGUGGGCCGCUACAUCAAGGUAUAUCAUACAAGAUUAAGGAUGAUAGAAAGGUACCCAUCGAAAUAGUAAGGAGGUGCGAGAUGCAAUCGCCAAGUUUGCAAGUAAGUGAAUACUAGGAAGUAGAUAUACAAAUUUUUAGCCAGAAGGGUUAAAGACAGGCUGCUUUGAAUAAUUCUGCUCUGAGAUCUUAUAAUCACUACUCUACUAAAAACUAAAACAAUGCCUCUCACAGUCUCAUCUAAGGUCUUAAGUAUAAUCAGGGAUAGAAUCGAAUCUAGCAGCAGCAAUAACCAUUUAGACCAUAUUCAGCUCUUGGUACUUAGAAUUCAUUCAUAAACAAUCCUCUGAUUCAAGCAAAAUUUAAUAACAAAGAUAAAAAAUUAAAAGAUAUACUUCCUACUAAUCAAUCUGACAGCGAUAUUAAGUCUUUACUUGUCAUUGGAGAAAAUGUUCUUGAGAAAGAAAAAGAGGCAGUAAUCAGAAUAAGGUAAUUAAAAAAUAACCUUCAGAUAUAUAAGACAAACUCUAGUAAUGCAAAAAAUAGACCGAAAACCAAUAUGGAUUAGAGAUAAAGUAAAACUAAAAUAUUUUAAGAGGGGACGACUUAGAUUAAUCCUUAAACAUUCGAUGAAAACGAAGAUUACUAUUAUUGGGUCAAGGAAACUCAUUUAGGAGACAAUGAUAAAGAUAGGCCUUCAGAUUAUGAAGAGAUUAUAGAGCAAAACUACAAAUGA